GAAGAGGUUCGAUUCAAUUCUGUAGAACUACGGCCCAGAACUCUACAUCCCCAGCCCCUAAGAGGCUGUGGCCAGUUAACUGUUGCCUCUUUUCAGCAGGUAUGUCCAUCUCAACUGAGAAGAGUGUAGCGUGCUUAUUAGGCGUGGCAACAGUCGCUAUGGUAACCGUGUGCAUUGAAACAGUACCUUGUCAUUUUGCCAAGACCAGGCGCUACAGAGCAGUGCUUCUGAUGGGUUCUGGGUGGUCGUCACACACCAAGUCAACAUCCAUAGCCGACAGGCGAGGAAAAGAGAAGCGCCCGGCAGAAAAGACAUGUGGAAUACAGGCAAGCUACUCGAAUGUACAACAGUUAUGGGAACGCAUUAAUGAACAGGCCUUACAGGCCUCAGACAUCUACAAAUAUAAUGAGAUCCAACAGCACCCAAGUGGUUGGAAAACUGUACGGGUGUUUGUCUCCUCCACGUUUGCCGAUUUCCACUCAGAAAGAGAAGCAUUGGUUAAGAAGGUGUUUCCAGAACUCAGAGAAUGGUGUGAAGAAAGAGGAAUGUAUCUGGUUGAGUGUGAUCUACGCUGGGGUGUCCCUCAAGACUCUACUUCUUCUGUUGUGAUAGACACCUGUUUGGCAGAGCUGGAACGCUGCUGCCAAGAGACAUGUGGUCAACCAUUUUUCAUAAGCAUGCUAAGUGAGAGAGCAGGAUGGUUCCCAGCGGACGCUGAUUUGGAUCAGGAUCUUUCUAAGCGAUACAAAUGGAUAUCGGGUAUGUCAAUCACUGGCAUGGAAAUCUUACGUGGGGCACUCCUUGGUCUUAAUCCUAAUGCUGCCUUCUGCCUGCGCCAGCCUGAAUUUCUCUCCAUGCUUCCACCUGCUUUUGAGAAAGACUUCAAGGAUGCAGACAACUGGAGUGUAGAGUUUCUCCAAGCCUUAAAGGAUCAAAUUCAUCAGAAGUUUCCUCCUCGGCAGAUUUUCAAAUAUCAGUGUACAGUCUCUGGACUUGAAGAAAGUUCUGGAAUCAGCAAGGUGCAACUGUCAGGGCUUGAGCCAAUGUGUUCAUGGGUACUUGAGUUUCUAAAAAAUGCAAUUCAACGAAUGUUUCCAGAUCACACUGAGAUACUGGAAAACAGAAAAAGUUCACUGCCAUCUUGAUACCCUCCUUCUCGUUGUUUUUCCACUUUGUAGGAUGCUGCCCUGCCUCCACUGAGCUUACCAAUCUUGUUGCAAGACUUUGUUGUCACCUGACUCCUGAAGAGGCAG